AUGCCCAUCAUUCCGGAUGCCGAAACCUUCCCUACUGCCAAGGAAGGCAACGAGCCCCACACUAAACCCGAAGAUAAACCAAAGGCUACGGCUUUCGACCACAUAUCUAAGGGACCGCAAAUCCCUGACGAGAUGCCACCCAAGGCCUCACACGAGGAAAUUGAGGCACGCAUGAAGGAGCUGAACAAAUCCAAAAAGGACUAG